UAAAAUGUAAUUAUUAACACUGAGUUUCUUUGAAUUGGAAAUAUCUGCAGAACGUUCGUCGAUAAGAUCUAUACUAAGUCUAUCCUAAAGAAAUAUGAAGAAAUUUCACUGUUUUAUUUUUCUUACGUGUGUUAUUUUAAAAGUAUUAGCAGUACCACCUUCCGUAUGCCGCGCCGAGUUCCGUUGGGACGACUGCGGCAAACCCCCCAAACCUGUCAUGUACUACUGGAAGAAGGGCUCCCGUUGCGAAAUAGGCAUCUGGAAGGGCUGCGUGCCCAACCCGAACAUGUUCGCCGACGAAUACGAAUGUAUCAACACCUGCGUGUUCGUCGAUAAACCUUCUGUACGAACUGAGAGCGAGGAACCAGAAACGGAACCUACUACAACUGUGGAUAACAGCACUGAUGUUACUGGAGCUACUGGUGAAUCUAGUAAUGCUACUGAAGCUACUGGUGAAUCUAGUAAUGCUACUGAAGCUACUAAUGAAACCGAAGCUACUGGUGAAACCACAGCUACUAAUGCUGGUGGUAACGGAACUGAAGGCAAUAGUACGGCCUCUGGAGGUGAAACUACUACUGCUAAUGGUACCACGUAA